UAUAGUACGAGUACAAACAAGCUGAUGUGGUCACAUGUCUCAGAUCUUGUGCAGCAGUGAAUAUCGUGCACUGUGCUGUUAAUCCUUGUUAGGAUUAGGUAAAGCCCACACUGAAAGUGGGUUCAAAACGCCAUGGCAACGACAAGAAUGGGGGGGAAACAUGAAUAGUGAAGAGUGCAAUAGCUUCUUGUUUGUGCUGUACUGAAGGCGACGCUCAUUUGUAUAAGAUUUGUAUGCUAUGUGAUGCUUCUUCUCCGCCUGUUGAGUACACUAAUAAUGCGCCGUCCGUGAAUGCAUCACGAGACUGGAUGAAUGUUAUAUUUAGGCUCAGGGAGAAAAUAGCGGUGUUGGGUAAUUCCUCUGUAUGGUGGCUUGGUUUUGUCAAGGACCUGCUGGUGGAGACGUGUAGCAGAAGAGAGUAGGAGGAGGGGGGAUGACCGCUGCACACAAAUACCAAAAUAGGACAGAGCUGUCUGCGCCAGUCCUGCACGAGCUAAAUUGAGGUUCAUGUUUUUUUUUUGAAGAGGAGCGUUCAAAGAGAGGACACACACGGUUCAUUCAUGGGAAUAGGAUGAGAGAUACCAUGUCACAUAAGCCAGCUGAAAUCUACACAUACGACUUCUGUGAUAGUGACCAUCCAACAGAGCUCCUUGAUGCACUCAGGCAUUUCUACAUUAGUGGCCUGUUUACCGACGUUGCUCUACAAUGUGGCGAGUCCGGACAGGUGUUUCACUGCCACAAGGCGCUGCUAUCAGCCCGCAGCUCAUAUUUCAGAGUCAUGUUCACCGCUGACAUGAGGGAGAGGUCAAACAGCGUCAUCAAACUCACAGGGGUAGACUGCGGGGUCCUGGGUGUUCUGGUGAACUAUGUGUACACAGCUCAGGUGUGCAUCACUGCGAGCAACGUUCAGAGCCUGCUAGAGGCUGCAGAUCUUCUGCAGUUCCUUUCUGUGAAACAAGCAUGCGAGGAGUUUCUCAUUCGCCUCCUGGAUGUGGACAACUGCCUGGGGAUGCAUGCUUUUGCUGAGCUGCACCUGUGUCCCAGCCUGGAGAGGGAGGCCCGCAGAGUGAUGCUGAGCAGUUUCACAGAGCUCAUUCAGCAGGACGAGUUCCUAGAACUGGAUCAUGGGAAGAUGACAUCGCUUUUAGCUGCUCAGAACCUCACAGUGCAGAGGGACGAUCUGUUGAUAGAUGCUGUGGCUAAGUGGGUGACCCAUGACUUGGAUAAUCGUGUUCACUGUGCUGUAGAGUUGCUGCACUCCAUCCAUCUGGACCUGGAUGAGAUUGACUUUAAAGCUACUUUAGAUGUGCACAAACAAUGCUUGCUGAACAGUGAAGGGAAGCUUAAAUCUAUGAUCAUUCAGGCUUUAAGGUCCAAUGACAAGGAGAUGUCUGCAAGCAGAAAAAUGUCUUCCAGCAUGUAUAUCAUCGGUGGAUACUACUGGCAUCCUCUUUGUGAGGUUCACAUAUGGGAUCCUAUCAGCAACACCUGGGUGCAAGGAAAAGACAUGCCUGACCACGCAAGAGAGAGCUACAGCGUCAGUUUACUUGGAGCAAAUAUCUAUGUGACUGGUGGUUACAGGACAAACACUGUUGAGGCUCUGGACACAGUUUCAGUUUAUAACUGUGACUAUGAUGAAUGGACCGAGGGUUGCUCCAUGAUCACAGCAAGAUACUACCACUGCUCUGUGGCUUUGCAUGGCUGUAUUUAUGCCAUCGGAGGCUACAGAGGAGGAGCUCCAGAGCAAGAGACAGAAUAUUAUGAUCCUUUGAAAAAGAAAUGGUUCCCUUUGGCCAAAAUGAUCCAAGGUGUAGGAAAUGCCACUGCCUGUGUAAUGGGAGAUAAAAUCUAUGUGACCGGAGGUCACUAUGGGUACAGAGGAAACUGCACCUAUGAAAAAAUCCAAGUCUACAAGCCAGAUGUCAACGAGUGGAGUAUCAUUACAAUAAGUCCGCAUCCAGAGUACGGGCUGUGCUCUGUGUCUCUCGACAACAAGCUGUAUUUGGUGGGUGGACAGACAACUAUCGCAGACUGCUACGACAUAGAGAGAGACAAAUGGAGACCAAUAUCAGUGAUGAAGGAGAGGAGGAUGGAGUGUGGGGCAGUGGUAAUAAAUGGAUGUAUUUAUGUAACAGGGGGAUACUCCUACUCAAAAGGGACUUAUCUGCAGAGCAUUGAGAAAUACGACCCUGAGCUGGACUCUUGGGAGAUUGUGGGGACUCUUCCAAGCCCAGCCAGAUCACAUGGAAGUGUUUGCGUUUACAGUGUUUAGUGUCAAACCCUUAUUACAUCAUAUUGUGCCAAAUAAAUCAGAUGGUGAAUUGUAUUCUGUCAAAGUCUGCAAAUGUCAGGUACACACUAUCACACAAGAUGUUGAGUUAGCACAUUAUACCUGCCUUUAUAGGGCUACACAUUUGCCAAACUGUGAAUACACUGUAAUAACAAGCAUUACACUUAAACUCAGGGGCUUCACAAUUAGCACUUUAGUUAAUUUUUGGGUAUUUCUGUUUUUAUAGAUUGAAAGGAAAGACUUAGACUUAGAAAAAAUAGUAUUAUUUAAAACUUUACAUAUACAUGGAAUCAGAAUCAGAAAGGGCU